ACCCUGAGGGGGAAUGGGGGGGGGUACUCUCCACACCUUCCAGAAUCCAGUGGCUGCGAGUGUGGCAGGAGGAACUCUGGAUCCUUGGUGCCUCUAUUCUGGGCAUCCUUUGAUGAGCGCUUCCUGCGUUGGGGGGGGGUCCCCCUUCCAGUUCUCUGAAUCAGUGGGGCAGCCUAAAUUUGUUCAGGUUCCCCCCCCCCCCCGCCCCGCAGUCCUGGGCAAAUGAAGCUGCGAGGAGGAGAGGGGCGAGGAAGGCUGCCCGGGAGGCGGGGGCGCGCGGCGCGCUCCGGAGGAUACUGCUCCCCGUCCUCGGAUCCCUUCUCCGCUCGCGGGGUCGGCCCAGGUCAGCCUCCUCCUCCCGGGCGGGAGAUGCGUGCAGCUCGGCAUGUCUGGCUGCGCCCCUCCCGGCCGCGCGUUCAUUCAUGGAGCACGUAGCCGGCUACUCUUAAAGGGGCAACGGGGGGUGGGGGGGCGAGUUGCCUUCCUCCAGCUCCCUCCUUCCGUGGCUUCGGCGGCGCCCCGCUCUUUGAAAGAAAUAGAGCAGGACUAGGACUUCUCUUAGAAGAGCAUUAGCCUUUUUUGCUGCUGCAUCACACUGGACUCACGUUAAGCUUGUGGUCCACCAAGACCCCGAGAUCCCUUUCACAGGUACUUGCUAGUAAGUAAGCCAGGGGUCCCCCCCCCCGUCCUCAGGGCCGGAUUUAGGUUGGAUGAGGCCCUCAGCUACUGGAGGUAAUGGGGUCCUUUAUAUGUCCAGCUGUAUUUUGUCAACAACAAAUGGUCGCUGUUUUUUGUGUUGAAUACAGUAUGUUAUGUAGUAAUUUUGGCGCCCCAAGAGAGUGGGGCCCUAAGCUAUAGCUUGUUAGCUUAUACGUCAAUCCGGCACUGGCCGUCCUAAAUUUGUGCAUCUGGUUCUUCCUGCCUCAGUGCAGAACCUAGCAUUUGUCCCUAUUGGAAUUCAUUUUCUGAGCUUGUGCCCAGUUCUCCAAUCUGUUACGGUCAUUUUGCAUUCUGAUUGUAACUCCACGGUGUGAUGUUCAGAAAGCCUUCCCCUUAGAAUCCCAGAAUUGUAGAGAUGGAAGGCACCCCAAGGGCCAUCUAGUCCAACCCCUGGCAAUGCAGGCACCACUGCAAAAGCUCUUCCUGUCGAAAGAUAGAAUUUCCUUCCUGAUCCUUUGAAUCCAAUGGUUCGGGACGGGUUCUCCCUUCCGGAGCAGCUGGGAAAGGAGCCGGCUCCGUCCUCCAUAGGGCAGCCCUUGCACAUGGGACGGUGCCCCUUCCCCUGUCUCUUGCCGAUUGGGGUCCCCACCCCUCCCAGGAGCAGGCUGGCGUCGCCCUUUUAAGGCGCGAGGGUGCCCGGCGCUUCUGUUUACAGAAGGCAGCCGGCUGGGCGUCACGUGGCCUCCAGCUGGCCGGCUGGCUAAUGGGACGGGCACCUGCCUGGCACCGGGAGGGAGCCCCAGGCAGCGGAGCGAUGGAGGCGCCCCGGGAAGACGUCCUGCAGAGCUCCUGGGUGGAGGUGACCCCACUUGGCCAGGAGGAGCCCCCCACGCCGGCCUGUGCGCCCCACCGCGACAUGGAACAGAUUCUGCUGGAAGCGCAGCUGGAGGUGGAGUCGCCGCGGGCCGAGGGCUCCUUCCUUGCACUGAAGGCACCUGGUGUGGAGGAGCUGAGCCCAGGGCAGAGGGAAGACGCUGAAGGGUCUGUCCAGCUGGGGACCCUGCCCUGGUCGUGGCCCAGCCCCCCUGAGCACCAAAAGGAGCUGGCCUGUCUAUCCCCUGCGUGUGCCCCCCUGCUCAGCCCAGUUCUACACAGGAGGAGGGGGUUGCGGGACCCCCAGCUGCUGCUUCUGGUCAUCCCCUCUCUGCUGCUCAGCCACGUCUUGGCCUUGGGCCUUGGCAUUUGUAUCGGGAAGCGUCUGGCUGCCUCCCCAGCAAGCAGCCUGUGAGAAGCCGAGAGGGGCCUCCUGGGACAUCCAACCCCACCCCAGCUCCCCACCGAACUGUUGCACGGCCCCAUCUUGCCCAAGUGGUGCAGAGCCCAGCAUCAAAGCUGAUACCCCACCCCCACCCAUUGUACACAACCUCCCUUGCCGAGCCCUCACAAAGAGUGUCUGCGGAUUUAGCCCCCAAGCCCCCUCUCCACUUUCCCUCUUGUGGGGUGGCUGCUGCAGUGGGGCAGAGGGGAUUGGGUAGCCAGGCUCCAGCAGCAGCCGCUCCCUUCCUCCCCCUCCUCUCCUGUGGGCCCUGCUAGCAGCUGGGAGUUAGAGCCUGGACACAUCUGGAAGGCCACAUCUGGAGGCUGCGCUACCCCCACAUGCCAAUCCAAGGAGCUUCGGAAAGACAAUCGGCAUCAAAGUAUGGCAGCUGAUCUACUCAAAAAUGCCAUUGCUUCAUUCGAAAUAAAUCCUGUUUUUCAAAAUCCUAAAAAAGUCUACCAGGCAUUCCUUUUUAAUGUACAGGGGGAGAGUAGCUGUGC